AUGUCGCCCUCCAUGGCCUCUUCCCCGCGUCGUAUCGCGUCGCAACCGCCACCAUCCCCGGCGACUAACAUCUUCCUCUUCCUUGUCGCAUUUCGCCUCCUCAAUGCGCUCGCCGUCCGCACCUUCUUUCAACCCGAUGAAUUCUUCCAGUCGUUGGAGCCAGCAUGGCAGAUUGCCUUUGGCAAGGGCCAGGGUGCCUGGGUGACCUGGGAAUGGCACCACCAACUCCGAUCCUCCUUGCACCCGUUAUUCUUCGCCGCCGUCUACAAAGUUGUAAACUUCCUUGCGACUGCCCUACAUCUCUCUUCCGCGACACGCGCCGAACUCCUGAUCGCCGGACCGAAGACCGCGCAGGCCGUGAUCGCGGCGAUCGGCGACUUUUAUACCUGGAAACUAGCUACGCGCGUUUACGGGAAGGAUUCUCGUGGCGCAUGGACAACGUUAAUCGUCACAGUCCUCAAUCCUUGGCAGUGGUUCUGCUCAACAAGGACCCUGUCAAAUUGCGUUGAAACCUCGGUGACGAUUGUCGCAUUGGACCUGUGGCCAUGGCAGUGGUCAGCAGGUGCCUCGCCCGACAACAACCGUCGAAACAAUGCUGGCAGUGAGAAGGGGGCCGCCGAGGGUCAAAGACUGUUGUCUAGCCUUCGGCAAUGCUUGUCCUUAGCAGCUCUCGCUUGUAUUCUCCGCCCGACCAACAUCCUGAUCUGGGCGACGUUGGCCACCGUCGCUUGGCUUCGGACCAGCUGGAGCCAGCGCAAGGUGCUCGUCCGGGAGGUCCUUCUCUGCGGGCUAGCAGUCCUUGCUGUGUCGGCCGUCGCAGAUCGUCUAUUCUACGGAUUCUGGACAUUCCCUCCUCUUCGCUUCCUAUACUUCAACAUUGCACAGUCUCUUGCGGUAUUCUACGGCCGGAAUGAUUGGCACUACUACGCAUCACAGGGAUAUCCGCUCCUACUCACCACUUUACUUCCUUUUGCGCUGGUCGGUCUCUACCGCACCUUGAAGACCCGAACCUCGUCUGCUGCCGAUAAAUUGCAGACAGAGAUUCGAGUGCAGUUGGCGAUCGUGUGUCUGCUCAUGCCGUUCGUCCUGUCUCUGAUCUCCCAUAAAGAAGUGCGCUUCAUUUACCCGCUACUACCAUCGCUGCACAUUCUUGCUGCGCCGCCCCUUGUACAGUUCUUCUAUCCCGCGGUAUACUCGCGGUCAUCAAGUGCCUAUACCCCGCAAAGACUGGCCCUCAUCUUCCUUGUCCUGGCCAACCUUGUCAUUGGCCUAUACACCACACUCUACCACGCAUCUGGAGUUGUGAAUGUCCUUACAUACCUACGCCAUCAACAUGAGGCCCACGGUUCAUCUGCCGAAUCUUCUUUAGACUUGCAGACCAAGCCCGGAAUCACGGCUGGAUUCUUGAUGCCCUGUCACAGCACCCCGUGGCGCUCGCACCUGGUAUACCCCACCAUCGACGCAUGGGCACUCUCCUGCGAGCCACCAAUCGAUCGCACCACGGCCGAAAAAGUCGUCUACCGCGACGAAGCAGAUCAAUUCUACGAUGAUCCAUCCCAGUUCCUCCGCGACAACAUGAAAGGCGGCCUCCGCUAUCUCCCCUCCCGACCCAGCUACGCCGCUGGCAUCCGGUCUCCCUCCGACACAGGCAAGCAUACCUGGACACACGAGUGGCCCGACUACCUGAUCUUCUUCGAGCAACUAGAGCCCACAUUGCACACCCUGCUCCGCGCUUCUUCAUACGCAGAGUGCUGGCGCACCUACAACACCGCAUGGCACGAUGACUGGCGCCGACGCGGCGACGUCGUCGUCUGGUGUCUCGACCCCUCCGAACAAGACGCAUGGCGCGCCGAGAAACAUCAACGCGCGCAGGAGCACCGCGACCGGCAAUUCGAGCGAAUCGUCGAGGUAUUCCAAAAAGACGUGCGCCGGCAGCAGAAGCAAGGCUGGAAAGCUCUAAUUUCAUCUCGGUCUCCAUUCUCAUUCUCAUUCCCUUCCUCGUUCCCUUGGUCCUCGCGAUCCCGAGUAUCGACAUUCGCCUCAUGGCGCCGCUCAGUGCAGUCAUACUUUUCUCCUCGCCGUUCAUGGCGGGACUCAAUACAAUCUAUCCUCGCGCCUCGGCCUGCGAGUGUCUGGCCGUGGAAUCGACGGACCCAGUCGCUGUGGGAGAGGUUUUGGGCUCCGACGCCGAGUAUCUGGGAUUGGAUUCCUUUCUCGAUGCCUGAGUGGUUGAGUGGCUCGUCUAAAUAUGAUGCUGAGGACCGUGAAUUGUGGAAUUGA